UAAAUAGAUUUGCACAUUCAGACAGAGCACAUACAGACAUCAAGAUGUACACGGGUCAGAUCGUCAUGUUUGGGCUAGCACUGCUACUCACCUCUGUAAUCGUCAUCAAGGCAGAUCAUCAUGAGAAGCCUGGAGUUUGCCCUCCUGAGAGACAUAUUACUCCCACUGCGGCUAUUCCUUAUGAUCUAUGCGCCAAUGACACAGAAUGUGAAGGUGACCAAAAGUGCUGCUCAGAUAAUGGCUAUAAAUUCUGCAAACCUCCAGCGAAAGAGAGAUCUGGAGAGUGUCCACCAGCUCCAAAACCUGAAUUCGAAUAUCGUGAGGACUUUUGCUCUUCAGAUAGUGAGUGUGCUCCUGGAUCCAAGUGCUGCUUUCGUUCAAAUGGAAAGACUUGUCUACCCUGUGAUAAAGUGAAGGCAGGUAAAUGUGAAAAGAUACCAAUGUAUUGCAAUCAA